AUGGCCAAAAUGAUGUCCCCGGCCCGAGCGGCCGUUUUCUUUAUCACGGUCCUCCAACUUCUGCUAUCUUUCCGGUCCUCCUCGUCCCGCAGCAACGGCGACUUCCAUCACGGCGAGUCUUGCCUUGCUCCCCACCAAAAGCCGCGGUUAUUGACGACGUCGACGACGCAUUCAGCACCAUCGGGACCGGGCUUCAUGAUGGCAGCAGAGGCCCACCCGUCCCCACCACGCAAGUGUGUCAACGGCACGACCGAGGCGACCCGGUCGUUCAUCGAGUCACUGUUCACGGCCGUCGCGCUGGACAAUUUCGGCACGUCCUUCGCCGCCGCGCUGUCCGACGACCUCGUGUGGACGGUCACCGGAAGCAGCCCCAUCGCGGGCACGUACAACGGCAAACAGGUCUACAUCGACAAAGUGCUCACGCCGUUGCGGGACGUGCUGGUGACUCUCCCCGUGCCGAUCGUCGAGCACAUCUUCGCCGACGGCGACUGGGCGACGGUGAACUGGCGGAGUCAGGGCGUGGUGGGCAAGAAUGGUGCCAAUUACGACAUGCAGUACGCGUGGUUGAUGAGGACGGAGCUCGACGACACGGGCGCCAGGAAGAUUGUCGAGGUCAUUGGCUUUUACGACAGCGUCAAAGUCACCGCUGUUUUUCAGGGCUAUGUCUUCAACACCACAAAAGCCUGA